GGAGACGAGUAUUUGGAAUGUUACUAGAUAUGUGGUAAGAUCGGAGGCGGUCAUAUACCUGAUGUGUUUCUAACAUAAGCGGUCCUGACUAUGGUCAUGCAUUGAGUUUUAGCUGCGGAAUCGGCCCGAGGUAAAUAAUGUACACGACAGAGCGCAGGCGAAUGAGCCUGCGAGAGUCAAAGAGGAAGGAUCCGGUCAGGGUGUCCGCUGGAAGUUUGUGGCAGGACUCUUUGGCCUUAGAGCUGAGCGUCAGCAACGGUUCGGUUAAACAGAUCGUUUCUCCGCGGAGUCGGACCAGAGCAGUGUCCGUGGCAUACAUUGUCAGCGAGGACGCACCAGUGCCGCAGACUGAAGAAAACUUAUCAUUAAAAUGCCUGAAGGAAGCCUGCGCUGACGUCCACGCUGUUUUGAAAACUAUUUCAUUUGAGAGAAUAUCCCAAGGCACCACAGACAUCCUGGAUAGUUUCUACAAUGCAGAUGUUGCAGUGGUGGAAAUGAGUGACACUUUCUGUCAGCCAUCCCUUUUUUACCAUCUUGGAGUGCGAGAAAGUUUCAGCAUGACUAAUAACAUCAUUCUCUAUUGUUACAAGCAAGAUAGCGAUCUACAGGCUCACAAGGAGGAGUGUGGAACUUACACCUUCAUCCCAUAUGUAGUGUCACCUCAGGGCAAAGUGUUUGCCUGUGAUGCAACAAUGAUGACUUGCAUCAAAGAAUUCAUGCAGCCCAGUUUCCAGCUGGAGCCCCUGCUGACCCCGCUGGUUGAGAGGCUGGUGCAUUUGCUGAACAAUGUGCACAUUCAGUCCAGUGAGUACUUCCGGGAGUCAAUCAGGCAUGAGAUUCGUAUGGCACGGGAGCGGUUCAGCGGCAAAGCCUUGAGUGAGGAGUUAAACCGCAUUCAGCAACGCUUGGAUAGUGUAGAUCUGCUCUCUCCUGAUAUAGUCAUGAACCUUUUGUUGUCCUACAGGGACAUUCAGGACUAUGAUGCCAUGAUAAGACUGGUGGAAACUCUGAACAACCUGCCCAUGUGCCAGGUGGCGAAACAUCAGAAUAUUAAGUUUCACUAUAUAUUUGCUCUAAACAGGAGGAAUCACCCUGGAGAUCGUGCAAAGGCUUUGGAAGAAAUUCUGCCAAUUGUGGGGUCAGGGAACAAAGUGGCCUCAGACGUCUACUGCCUGUGUGGACGCAUCUACAAGGACAUGUUCAUGAGCUCAGCGUUCACUGAUGAGCUCAGCAGAGACCAGGCCUGCUAUUGGUAUGGUAAAGCCUUUGAGACGGAGCCUACUCUUCACUCAGGCAUCAACAACGUGGUCCUCCUGAUAGCAGCUGGCCAUGAAUUUGAGACUUCUAUAGAGCUGCGCAAACUAGGUGUGACUUUAAGCACCCUGUUGGGUAGAAAGGGUAGUUUGGAGAAGAUGAAGGACUAUUGGGAUGUAGGUUUCUACCUUGGAGCAAACAUUCUUGCUGGUGAACACAGGAAAGUCAUCGAGGCCUCUGAGAAGCUCUACAAACUCAAGGCCCCUAUUUGGUAUGUGGCAUCUAUUAUGGAGACAUACAUCCUGUACCGGCAGUUUGCCAAGCUGCCUGAAGUUCGAGCUCCAAAACAAGAUACAGUGAACUUCUGGAUGGAGCUGCUUUUACAGACCUGUAAACCCACAGUCUCAACAAACUGUUGUCCAGCGCUCAUUCUGGAACCCAGCAAAGUCUUCCAACCAGCUAUUGUUUCUGUGAGUGAGGAGGACGAAAGCCGUACUGUCCAGCUGAAACACGUCACGCCCUUAAAGAAGGGCUUAAACCAGUGGACUUUCCCUGCAUCUGCAAUUCGGGGAGUGAGUGCUUCAAAGAUUGAUGAGCGUAGCUGCUUCCUGUAUGUCCACUACAACUCAGAUGAUUUCCAGCUCUGCUUCCCCUCUGAGAUUCAUUGUAAAGGUUUCUGUGAGCUGGUAAACUCCCUUCUUCAGCAGGCCGACGCCCAUGUUCAAGACAUAGAACGUACACCUGGGGGAAUCCUAGAGUACAUCUAUGAGACAAAUGAGAAUGGUGACAAGGUAGUACUUGGUAAAGGGACUUAUGGCGUGGUGUACGCUGGAAGGGACCUGAGCAACCAAGUACGCAUCGCCAUCAAAGAGAUCCCUGAGAAGGACAGCACGUACUCUCAGCCCCUCCACGAGGAGAUUGCUCUGCACAAGAGGCUUAAACACAGAAAUAUUGUCCAGUACCUCGGCUCUGUCAGUCAGGAUGGUUUCAUCAAGAUCUUCAUGGAGGAAGUACCAGGGGGUAGUUUGUCUUCUCUUUUGCGCUCCAAAUGGGGUCCUCUGAAAGACAAUGAGCCCACCAUCAUUUUCUACACCAAACAGAUACUUGAGGGACUGAAGUACCUUCAUGAGCAUCAGAUAGUCCACAGGGACAUUAAGGGUGACAAUGUAUUGAUCAACACCUAUAGUGGAAUUUUGAAGAUCUCGGAUUUUGGAACCUCUAAACGCUUAGCAGGGAUUAACCCCUGUACUGAGACAUUUACUGGAACUCUUCAGUACAUGGCCCCUGAGAUUAUAGACCAAGGGCCUCGGGGUUAUGGGAAGCCGGCAGAUAUCUGGUCCCUGGGGUGCACUAUCAUAGAAAUGGCAACAGGCAAAACACCCUUUCACGAGCUGGGAAGUCCCCAGGCAGCCAUGUUCAAGGUUGGCAUGUUUAAGAUCCACCCCAAGGUUCCAGAGUGCAUGUCAGAUGAGGCCAAAGGCUUUAUCAUGAGCUGCUUUGUGCCAGAUCCAGAUGAAAGAGCCACAGCUCCAGACCUGCUUAAGAACUCUUUCCUGAAGUCUACCAGGAAAAAGGCUAAAGCUCCUCAGGAAUCACUUUCUAAUACUGACUAUCAGCGCAGUAUGUCUGUGCCUAUCUCCAUCCUUGUGGAGGAUGCCGAUUCUUACUCUGACUCAGUUGACCUGUCUUGUUCUCUGAACCUGAGGAGGCCCCAGUCCUCUCUCAGGUCAGCAGAAGAAAUCUCAGAGAGCCCACCAAGCACCAACAGCGUCCUGCUAAUACCAGAUGACUCCACAUCAGACAUGAGCAGUCCAUCCUCAACAGAGGAGAGUACUGGCCUUUUUAUGCUGAGAAAGGACAGUGAGAGGAGAGCCACACUGCACCGAGUUCUCACUGACCACAUAAGUCAUGUUGUCUCUAGCAUACAGCAGUCUGUACCUCAGUAUGGUGCGGGAUCGUCACUCACUGCAGACCACAUCACCAAACUCAUCACCUGUUUGGGAGACAACAUCUGCUCCCCAGAUAGGAGGCAGCUUACCAGGGGCUUGCUGGAGCUGCGAGCGACGCUGCUUGUUGCCUCAGUACCUCUGAACAGCCUGCAGGUGGUGCUGUUUAACUUCCAGGAUGCAGUGAAGAAAGUGUUGAAGCAACAGCAGGUGAAACCUCAUUGGAUGUUUGCUCUAGACAAUCUGCUGAGGCAGGCAGUACAGGAUGCCAUUACUGUAUUACUGCCAGAACUCAAACUCCAUCUGCAGUCCUCAUUCGAGAGCGAGGAAAACACUCCUGAGGAGGAGUUUCCUGAUCCAGACGCUCCUGCAGCUCUUGUUCCUGACCAGCUGGUGGCACCAGCACACACAUGGCAGCCAGCGCCAGUAAAUGAGAUGCUGCCUGCAGCCAGCUCUAAACCCCCUGCAGACUUUGUCCUUAACACCAAUUGCCCCCUCAACAAGAAACUGAGAGAUCUGCGAAUAGAGACCAGGAGACUGCUGAGUCAGCUGAGCGAGAAGGAGAGAGAGUAUCAGGAGCUCCUGAGGAACUCUGUCCAGAGGAAACAAGAGCAAAUAGAUGAACUGAGGAAAGAAUCAGUCAGUGAGGCUGGGGAGCUGGCUUCACAUAAAAGCUCCGGUCCAGAGAAGAAAGCUUUAGUACGCUGGCUCAAGACUGUCCCCGUAGAUCAAGACACUAUCAAUAAGUUGCUCUCUCAUGAGUUCACCUUGGACUGUCUCCUCCAGAUGGCCUCCAGGGAGGACUUGAUGUACUGUGGAAUAAGAGGUGGCAUGGUAUGUCGAAUCUGGGCCGCUAUCAGAGCUUGCCGGGAAACCCAGCUCAAAAUACUCAAUGAAGACAGCGAGGACACUCUUCUUUAAUGGCUGCUAAUAUUAUACAUCAAAGGUUCACAGACAGGCUGGCCCUGAGUGUGAUCUGGAGGAAUAGAGGCAGAGGUGAACUUAAUGGACAUUUCAGGUUGCUAAUAUAAAGAAGGAAUGAUAUUGGUUACUUUUGUGAACCGUGAAUGUAUUUUUUUUUUUUUAAAGAAACUUACUUCCCACUUCUGUUGUCUUCAGAAUUUCAUUUUAUUGUAUCUUUACAAUUUUUUUUCAGGGUAUUGGCAAGUAGAACUUUAAUUGUAUCUUUAGAAAAUGUUUCUCAGAGGAAUAUUAGUUGCUGUUAAAUGUUGACGCUGCUUUGCUGUGUUUCACAGAAAGCUAAGCAGGAUUUUAAGUUAUUAGAGACUUACUGUAUUUAAGAUGAAUUCUUAUUCAUUCUGAAGUAAACAAAUAUCAUUUGUACUAUACCCAUUCAGGUAAUAAACAGGAAGUGUUUCUUUUAGUAGUCAUACAGGCUGGCUUGUGAUCUCCAUGCAGCCGUUUGUUUCUAACAGGGAGAGAGUUUUUUGAGGGUGUGAUGUAGCAUGGAAGAAGUGAUGUAGUGGUGAAUAGUCUUUAAAUUUCACAUUUCAUCAUCUGUUUUCACUGUGUUGACAUCUCCUUAGAAACAGUGAGAUGAACUUUGUGUGUGUGUGUGUGUGUGUGUGUGUGUGUGUGUGUGUGUGUGUGUGUGUGUGUGUGUGUGUGUGUGUGUGUGUGUGUGUGUGUGUGUGUGUGUGUAAGUCAUGCUGUCUAGUACUCAGUUCUUCAGUUUAUGAGUAAUUGCAGGUCUACACAUAUCAAACUGGGCUUGAGUAAAAUUAUGAUACUCAAAAAAGGAAGACAAAGAUCAGAGAAUAAGUAGAGUAGGCAAACAUUUUGAGGAUGUUAUUUAUUUUUGAUAAGAGUCACAGAAAGGCUAUUAAAUGUCAUAUGCAUGUUAGCUUCAUCCUCUUUCAUUAAGGAUAUGACUUCUUGGCCUGGCUCCUGGUAACCAUGGUACGCACUAUUGUGAGUUCUAUUUCAGUUGUAUGCAAAAAUACGUGUGCCCAAAUAACAUCUAGUAUUUGGUGUUAUUUUGAAGUCUCUCCAGAAAACAUAAAGGUAUUUUCCAGAUGGUGAUGCACUUUAAUAUACAAUACACAAAUAUUGUGGCAUUUUCCCCAAAACCCUGAAUUGGAUAAGUGGAAGAGGAUGGAUGGAUGGAUGGAUGGACUUGUAAAGUCUGAGAACUUUUAAAUUUUCUGACCCUAACUUUAACAUCAUCUAAUAACUGACCUUUCACUUGUAACGCUGCUAGAGAACUGUCAUUUGAAAGGACAUUUUCAGAACUAAUAAAUUUUUUUCAAAUACUUUUCAAAUCUUGUGGUGAUGCUGACUGCAAAUCUGAAAACAAGCUAUAA